CCGCUUCUCAUUCAUUGUCUUGACAAGAGCAUCCUCAGCGGGCAGUCUCCGGCUCCUCCACCUCCUUCCGUCUCCUUCUCCUCUCCCUCCUCCAUUUGGGGGUCACUCAGCUCUCAGCAGCAGGAUGAGCCGGCAGGUGGUCCGCUCCAGCAAGUUCCGCCACGUGUUUGGACAGCCAGCCAAGGCUGACCAGUGCUAUGAGGAUGUGCGCGUCUCGCAGACCACUUGGGACAGUGGCUUCUGUGCUGUCAACCCCAAGUUCGUGGCCCUGAUCUGUGAGGCCAGCGGGGGAGGGGCCUUCCUGGUGCUGCCCCUGAGCAAGACUGGACGUGUGGACAAGAAUGCGCCCACGGUCUGUGGCCACACAGCCCCUGUGCUGGACAUUGCCUGGUGCCCCCACAAUGAUAACGUCAUUGCCAGUGGCUCCGAGGAUUGCACAGUCAUGGUGUGGGAGAUCCCUGAUGGGGGCCUGGUGCUGCCCCUGCGGGAACCCGUCGUCACCCUGGAGGGCCACACCAAGCGUGUGGGCAUCGUAGCCUGGCACCCCACAGCCCAGAAUGUGCUGCUCAGUGCAGGUUGUGACAACGUGAUCCUGGUGUGGGACGUGGGCACUGGGACGGCCGUGCUGACACUGGGCACGGACGUGCACCCGGAUACAAUCUACAGCGUGGACUGGAGCCGAGAUGGCGCCCUCAUCUGCACCUCCUGCCGCGACAAGCGCGUGCGCAUCAUCGAGCCCCGCAAAGGCACUGUUGUAGCUGAGAAGGACCGUCCCCACGAGGGGACCAGGCCUGUGCGCGCUGUGUUUGUAUCAGAUGGAAAGAUCCUGACCACAGGCUUCAGCCGCAUGAGUGAGCGGCAGGUGGCGCUGUGGGACACGAAGCACCUGGAGGAGCCGCUGUCCCUGCAGGAGCUGGACACUAGCAGCGGCGUCCUGCUGCCCUUCUUUGACCCCGACACCAACAUCGUCUACCUCUGUGGCAAGGGUGACAGCUCUAUCCGGUACUUCGAGAUCACUUCCGAGGCCCCAUUCCUGCACUAUCUCUCCAUGUUCAGUUCCAAGGAAUCCCAGCGUGGCAUGGGCUACAUGCCCAAACGUGGCCUGGAGGUGAACAAGUGUGAGAUUGCCAGAUUCUACAAGCUACAUGAGCGGAGGUGUGAGCCCAUUGCCAUGACAGUGCCUAGAAAGUCGGACCUGUUCCAGGAGGACCUGUACCCACCUACUGCAGGGCCGGAUGCUGCCCUCACGGCUGAGGAGUGGCUGGGGGGUCGAGAUGCCGGGCCCCUCCUCAUUUCCCUCAAGGAUGGCUAUGUGCCCCCAAAGAGCCGGGAGCUGAGGGUCAACCGGGGCCUGGACACUGGGCGCAGGAAGACAGUACCAGAGGCCAGUGGCACUCUUAGCUUGGAUGCCAUAUCCCGGCUGGAGGAAGAGAUGAGGAAGCUCCAGGCCACGGUGCAGGAGCUACAGAAGCGCUUGGAUAGGCUGGAGGAGACAGUCCAGGCCAAGUAGAGGACCCCUGGGCCUUCAGCUGGGGCUCGUGGCAUCACCACCCUCCCUUCCAUUCGUACUCCCACUCCUCAGACCACAAUGGCACAUAAAAAAAAAAAAUAAUAAUAAAAUGGCUUUAUUUUCUGGUA